AAUAACGAAUGUAAAUCCUUAACCGUUCUACAAUAUAAUGUGGACAUCAUGACGUUAUUGAUAAAUGUAACCGAAGGACAGAGUACAAUCAAAGUCGGGUGAAACCCGUCGAAUAUACAAAACUGAGUCAUUAGGGAAAAUCAUUCUAGGAAAAAGAAUCAACGCAAUGAUGUUUACAAUAUACACUCAUUUGUAAUGUUAUAACUGUGGAUGUAUGACGCGUGAAGUGUAGUUUUCAGUUUAAGAUGGAAUUAUUACAUAACAAAAGUGAUGUGUUUGUGAAUGGUAGUGCGUUUAUUUCUGAUGCUGAUCUGGCAUCAGUGGAACUUUUCAAGGGAUAUCCAGAUGGACUGAUGAAAUUUGCAACUGCUAGCUGCAUUCUCUUCAUGCUGAUUGGAAUCCCGGGGAACAUCACUACAAUUGUGGCUCUAGCGCGCUAUGAAAAAGUGCGAAACGCUACAGCAAUAUUCAUAAUGAGUCUAUCCUGUUCGGAUCUGCUCUUCUGUUGUUUUAAUCUGCCUCUCGCCGCUUCAACCUUUUGGCAUCGCUCUUGGACUCACGGCGGCCUUCUGUGCCGUAUGUUUCCUCUAGCAAGAUAUGCCCUAGUGGCUGCCUCACUCUUCACUGUGCUGGCCAUUACAGUUAACAGAUAUGUCAUGAUUGCUCAUCCAAGAUUAUAUCCUAAGUUGUACAAGAACCGAAACAUAGCAAUAAUGCUAGUCUUUAUAUGGAUUUUGUCUUUUGGAAUAAUGAUCGCUACAUGGUUCGAAAAAUGGGGGCGAUUCGGAUUAGAUACAAGUAUAGGGUCUUGCUCUAUACUUCCAGAUAUAAAAAACAGAUCGCCAAAAAAAGUUCUUUUUCUUACCGCUUUUAUAUUGCCUUGUAUAGCAAUAAUACUAUGUUAUGCACGGAUAUUUUUCAUCGUUCGCAAAGCGACGAAAAAAUCUAUGAACACUAACAAACGAUUACCUAACCCAGAGGAAUUGUCAUCAGCUGAUACGUCUUCAUCGGUAUCGGCACGAAUAACAGCGGAAAUUAGUAGCAAUUACGUUAUGGAACAAACCAAAGAUCUUGAUAUUUCACUAAGAACUGAUCAAAGUCCGGAAAUUCAGCGAUCUACGACGUUCAAUCUUAGCACGAGAGACGAUGUAAGACAUCCUGAAGAUUUAAGACAAGAACCAAGCAGACUUCGACGAACUGCAUUAAGGAAAUCUAUGGCACUUCUCAAACUUUCACUACCAACUCGAAAAGAUAGAAGACUUGGUACGAUGAUUAUUGCUAUAAUGAUAUCAUUUUGUUUGUGUCAUUUACCUAUUACGAUAACAAAAGUAUUACGCGAGAUUAACCCCCAUCCCGCAUCUAAUAUAGCUGCCUAUAUUCUUUUAUAUUUAUCAUCUAGUAUUAAUCCUGUAAUUUACGUGGUUAUGUCAAACGAGUAUAGAAAAGCCUAUAAGAACUUAUUUAGGCGACGAAGCAGAGCUUCGUUAUCAUUAAGGGAAAUCAGAAAUCAAACAUAGCAAAUAUAAUUAAUUGGAAAAUAAUUCCUUAGAAUAUUAUGUAGAACUUGAAUUGAAUACUCAAAUUAACAUUUAUUUAGGUUAAGAUGAAUUCUGUGUGUCGUAUUUUUUGUUGUUGUAAAUAUUGAUAAAUGUUAUUUACGAAAUAAAGGUUAUAUGAGGUAUCAUCAUUGAAAUGAUGAUUAAAGUAGCUGUUUUUCAGUAAUUUAUUGUUAUAGAUUAGAUAGACUAGGUUUGGAUUAGAAAUAUCUUAGGAUUAAUCAUGUGUUUACCUGUUAUAGACAAAGAAUAAUUAUAUAAUGUUAUAUAACAAUAGGAUUAUGUAGAUCAUUAAUAUAUAAGAUGACCAGUAUGAUUGUUUAAUAAAUGGGGCCCAAGAACAAUUGUUAUUGACAUUCCGUUAUAUGAUAUGAUAUAAAUCACAUAUAUUAUAUUAAGACACGCACACACUAGUCGAGUGCACAAUUGUUAAAUUUAACAUAGCAUUAUAUAAGCCACAGAUACUUAUUGCGUAGGCUUUGUGAUCGUAUAUUUUUUAGUCAGUUAACUCCUAGACUAUCUAUUAGGAUCAAUACCAAGUUCGUAAUGCAAAACUAAUUUCUGGAGCAAAGGAAACUGUUCCCAUAAUUCAAUUACUUCUAACAUUAUAUUCUGAAAAAAUAUAUCUUGUGAUUACUCAUUUUUAAUCUAUGGUGGCUGAACGAUGUUCGACUGGAUGAAGGGUUUUUUUAGACGCCCAGUUGUUCAAUUCUUCCGGUCACGACUAGUGUGUACCCUGAAUUACUGCGUAUAAUCUGUUUCCAAUGUUACAAUAUCAUUCAAAUUAAAUGUAGGUUAUAAUUGAUAAGGUAACAAUAAUCUUUUUAAAGUUAAGCAAUAUACAUAUGUGGCAUGGAGAUUGGUACAAUAAUACGAGAAAGCAAUCAAAUUGUGUUAUAAAUAAAUUUAAAAGUGAAGAUUUCCGUGAUUUUGAUAAUUGAUCAUCGGAUCUUUAAAAUUAGUAUAUGUAUCUCUUUUGAGAUAUGAUUUGCAGCAAAGUUGACGGCUUUUAUUUCAUUUUUCUAUUCGAAGUGUAACUUCUUUGAACGUGUCAUCACGAGUCGAAGCUUCCGUCUUGCAGUAAUACGAAGUGUGAGAAAGUAAGCACUGUUUCGCUUCCUCUCGCACUGAAUUGCACGCACUCUUUCUCUCUUAUAAUGUAUGAAUAUUUGAAACGAUAACAUCAAAGAAAACAUAUAUUGAUACAGUUAAAUAUAAACUGUCUCGUACUAAGUAUACAACGUUGUGGUGUGAUAUUUUUUACUUAACGAAAUGUCAAAGGCAUGUAAAAUUAUUAGAAUGAUUAAUAUAUAAGGUGCUGCCAUAUUGACAUGUAAUCAGGAACUACAGUACCAUCAAAUUAUAAUAGAAUUAUUCUGAAUGAAUUAUGCAUCUAUAACUUCUUUAUAAUCAAAAAUAUUAUAAUUAUUAAAAAGUCAGAGUGCUCAAAAAUAAUACAGAACUCACUAUAACCAAAUGUAUAUUAAUAUUAAGCUUAUUCUUAAUAAGUGUUGUAUUUGUUAUCUGUAAAAAUUUAGAUGAUUAAAAAUUAGAUGUUGAAACGGAAUGGUGAAUAUAUACGACAUAUAUGUAUGUUUUUUUUAAGUAUAUACCAAUCAUGUUUUUUUAUAUAAUGAUACUUCAAUGGAAAUAAUAACAAUUUAGCUGUUUGAGAAUUGAUACUAUUGUUCCAGUUAAGAUAUUCUCUAAAAUAAAAUAUUGGCACUCGAUUCUCGUCCAACUUGUAAAAAAUGUCUGAAAUCGACUUAUAGUGAUACGCUAUUCGAUGCCUAUUUUCCUUAAAUUAAUUCGGUAAUGACGUAUACAAUUUUCUGACAAUUUACGAUCGAUUUAUACGUUGAGUACGAUCUGAAAUCUAUUCUGUAACAAAGUAAGUAAGUGACAUACGACAAAGACUAUAUAAUAAUAAUAAUUUAUUUACACACCCAAAAGAUACAUGUACACAAUUUGUUUGCAGUAUUAUCCAACUCUAGGGUUUUUAUUUACAUUAGCAGUACUAUUGGAGGAUAUCUGACUCCGAAACUAAUAUAAAUUGUACUAUCAGAGUCAGCGAUUCCUCGACAAUUAUAUCUUUAACAUUUAACGCGUAUCGCAUACGCAUCAAAACUCCUGGAUCGGUUUCAACGUUUUUUGAGUGAAAUACGAGCAUUGUCAUUUGAAAAAUGCAUAUAUUUCAUGUUGUACAUUAUACUAUAUUUGUUUAUAAUAGUAACGCAUUUUCUAAUGUAUCAAGCAUGUUAUAUUUUAUACUACGAUUUUUUCCUUAUUAAUUCAACUUUUUUUCUUACAUAAUAAUUUAAUAGAUUUCAAAUGUAACCCAAUAUUUUAAAGCAAGUAGAAAAGUAAUUAAUUUGGGUCUGAUCUACCAAACAUGUUACUCGUUACGUUUAGGUAAAGUUUUCUAAAAUAAAUUAGUCUUGUAAUCAUUCAAGUAUUAUAUAGUAACACCAAUAUAAUUAUGGAAAAUUACGUAAGAAACAUAAACGCAGAAAAUUAUUUAUUUAAAAUGGUAAAUUUUAAAAAUUGAUUUUUGCUUAUAUAUAUGUACCUAUAUGAAAUUAUAUAAAAAUUAAUAUUGCUAUUUUUUUUUUAUUAAGCCAUGUCUGUAUUAAAAAUGUUUUUCAUAUUAUAUAAGUUUUUUGAGGUGAAAUGAUGUACCAAAGAACCAAUUCUCCUGGGGCCACAGAACCCUAAGCCAUUGUACUUACC